CUCACAGCUGAUUGGAUGAGCCGGGACCAUCACUCCUUAACGUGGCGGGAGCCAGAAAUGAAUGCAUGAAGCAAACGUGUCUGGUCCUGCUGUGCGGACAGAAACAGAAUAGGUUGCUUUAUAUUAUUUCUGAUUAUGAGCAGGUUACGUUCAGCGAUGCAGAAAGGCAAGCGAGCCGGAGUGGAGGUGGUAGAAAGCGCAUUACCGAAGCGGAAGAAGUCAAAGAAACAAGAGGAAACCACAGAUGCUUCCUCACCAUCUCCGUACCACACUUUCCCUGAUCCUGCUGAUGUUGUCCGCUUUCGCUCUCAACUCCUUAACUGGUACAACAAGGAGAAGAGAGAGCUGCCAUGGAGGACUCUGGCUAUAACAGAGUCAGACAUCAACAUCAGGACAUAUGGAGUAUGGGUUUCAGAAAUAAUGCUGCAGCAGACUCAGGUUGCCACAGUAAAAGACUAUUACAACAAGUGGAUGAAGGUUUGCAUCGUAGGUGGCCCACAGUCCAGGAUCUUGCAGCUGCAACUCUAGAGGAGGUGAAUCAGAUGUGGGCAGGCCUGGGCUACUACUCCCGUGGAAGAAGGCUGCAUGAAGGAGCGCAGAAGGUGGUGUCAGAGCUAAAGGGACAGAUGCCUCGGACGGUUGAGAGCCUGCUCAAACAGCUGCCUGGAGUGGGACGCUACACUGCUGCAGCUAUAGGCUCUAUUGCACAGGGGCUGGUUACCGGAGCUGUGGAUGGUAAUGUCAUUCGGGUGCUGUGUCGCCUGAGGGCGAUUGGAGCUGACAGCACAAGUCCAGCAGUAACAGAGGCACUUUGGAAUCUGGCCAAUAUGCUGGUGGAUCCUGAGAGACCUGGAGACUUUAACCAGGCCAUGAUGGAGCUGGGAGCACGAGUCUGCACCCCUAAAGGGCCACUGUGCAGUCAGUGCCCCGUACAGUCUCACUGUCACUCUUAUCACAAGGUUCAUGUCAAACAAGAGCAAAAGUCUAAGAAUCUUUUGGGGAAGCUGGGUACAAAGACUUCAAAGCUGCCUGACAUAGAAGACUGCACGAACAGUGUAACAUGUCCCCUGUGUCCCUCGGAGCCCUGGAAUGAUGAGCUGGGUGUUCAGAACUUCCCCAGAAAGCCGUCGAAGAAGCCACCCCGAGUGGAGCGAACUCUUACCUGUGUGGUGAAGAGGCCUGGAGAUGACGGGGAAGAAAAGUUCCUGCUCAUACAGAGGCCAAGCAAAGGUUUGUUGGCAGGCUUGUGGGAGUUUCCAAGUCUUCUGCUUGAGGUCGAAAACUCUGAGAAGAAACAGAAGGGGGCGCUCUGCGAGGAAAUCAGCAGAAUACUGGGAACGCAUUUAACUGAAAACCUCCUGCAGUAUGUGGGAGAGGUGGUCCACAUCUUCUCCCACAUCCACCAGACUUAUGUGGUUUACAGUGUGUGUUUAGAGGACAGGGACACACACACACAGACUGAAAACACACAGUGGCUCACUAGAUCUGCUCUACAGGGAGCUGCUGUGUCCACAGGAUUGAAAAAGAUUGUGAAGCUUUAUGAUUCUGUGGACAGUCUGACGGGAAAAAACACAAAGGAUGGAAAAAGGCAAAAGGACUCGGGAAUAAUGGAUAACAAGAAGCCACAGAGCUCUAAAAAGAACAAACUCAGUGCAGCUAACAGCAGCGGCAGGCAGCUCUCCCUCAGUUCCUUCUUCAAGACUGUGAAAGAGGAAUGUUGUUAGUGUCCCUGAAAAGUGCCUUUCCACAUGCAUGUGCCUAAAUAUCGCCAUCACUGCUGUUUCCACUUUAAGGUAUUAAUAUAGCAAUCUAGCCCCAGUUUUUCAUUAGAAUUGUAUUGUGUGAUUUUUAUUUUAUUUUAUUAUUUUUUUAACGACUGAUUUCUGUCUCAUUGUAAACCAACUGCAGAAUUUUAAGUAAUUUCAUGUGAGCCGACCACGUGUUUUACACUUAGUAUGUUUCAUAAAUGUCAUGUUUAUUGCCUCAAUAAAGUUGUAACACAGGGAAGAAGUGUAAAUAAAAGAAACUCCAGUCUUCACUUGAGCUGGUGACAUGU